CGAUGUGCGCGCGCGUGCGUGGGAAGGAGCGACAUAACCUACUGUUCGCGUCGUGUCACGGUGUGUUGCGAUUUUACUUCCCUCGACUCAUCUCGCCUAAUAAGGGAGGAGGAUUAAAAAAAAAAAAGGAAGAUAAGCACGAAGAGAAAUUUGUGGAUCCUCGAGACUCUCUAGCCUUUCUCGUUUGGACAGAUAAAGAUAUCCGCGCGAAAACGUGCGAUAAAUAAUAUGUCCGACCCGCGUAUAAGAACGCUCAAGAUAAAAACGGGAGUGGUUAAACGUCUUGCUAAAGAGAAGAUUACGUACGAGAAAGAAGCGACGCAGCAGCGUGAAAGGAUACAAAAGUUGAAAGAGCAAGAUAAAGAUGGUUACGACAUAAAAAAACAAGAGGAGGUUCUCCAAGAAUCUUUGAUGAUGGUACCAGAUUGUCAAAGACGUCUCGUUAAAGCAUUUGAAGAGCUCAAAAACAUUUUGGACACCGAACAAGAUUUGAAAGAAAUCGAGGAUUAUAUUGAAGCUGAAAAGGUGUUACAAGAGGCAGAAGCGCAGCUACCGAAAGAAGGAGACAUUUUACAGAUGUGUUAAAAAG